AUGACGCAAUACCAAUCGAUGUUCUCGAAGCCACCGCUCGCGGACGACAAUAACAACAACAACAACAACGGCAGCGGCAGCAACAGCAACUUCCAGCAAGUGACGUUCGGACAACUGCCGACGAGCUCCUUCAACAACAACGACAACAACAACAAUCAACACAGCCAAUACGAUCCGAACCGACAGCUCAAUUACGCCUAUCCAUUGAGCGGCAACGCGGCCCACCUGCAGCAGCAGCAGAGUAAUGUGCCAAUGCAGGGGAACAAUACAGGCUGUUCUCUGUUCGCCUCGCCCGCAACAACAAUGCAUCCACAGCAGCAGCAGCAGCAUCUGCAUCGAUCAAACUUCGGCAACAAUCCGAUAAUGUGGAGCUGCGGGCAGGGCCUAUCGCGUAGCCUAAUCGAUCAGAUAUGCGCGAGCGGCUCGACGCCUGUACUGAUUCUGCCCUGCGAGACCAGCAGCAAUAAUAACAGCAGCAACGGCUCGUCUCAGCAGCCCAGCCAGCAGAGCAGCUCCAGCGGUAUGACCAAUUACUGCUGCUGCUGUUGCCGCAUUCGCGGAUUGUCGGCAGCUCCCACGCAGCUGAUCAAUAAUUUUUGCGCCUGCAAGAGUGACGGCAACGGCGUCAUGAUGCAACCGGAGCUGCAUUUCAAGAGUAACACCAACGACAAUAGCAAUGGUUACGCCGCCACGUGGUUGCAGGCCGAAAAGACGACCAACCAGCAGCAGCAGCAACAACAGCAGCAGGCCGCGGCGGCCUCGCUCUCGAUACAGCUGCAGGCGAUCGUGUCGCAACUCAUGGGCAUCCAGGGCAUCGCCGCGACCGUCGUCUGCAAGCUGCUCCUGAAGAACGUCGUGGAGGCCCGCGUCCAGGAGACGCCCGAGGAGCUGAUGGACAAGGCCACACGUUGCCUGCACAGGCUGAGCCUCGAGCAGCUCGUGGAGGAGUCCAGGCGCUGUCAGGAGGUGGCGGGUCUCGUCCGAGUCUAUCUGAUCUGGGCCUCGAACUCGCCUCAGCUGAUACCGAUCCUGACGGGCGCCCAGCUGAGGAUCAACACGAUCAAGAGCUGCCUGGAGCUGCUGAUCAACGCUCGAGUGGUGCAGGACCAGAGCGCCGGUGUGCAGCAGGGAGGACAGCAGCAGCAGGACAAGCAGGAGGAGCCGAUCGACGAGGCCAUACUCAAUCUGAAGAGCAACGAUGAGCUGCUCCAGCUGCUGGGCCAGCUGAGGGAGAAGGAGUGCCAGGAGAGGGUCAAUCUGAGCUUCAAUCAGCCCUACGGCUCGCAGAAGCUCCUUUACCAGAGGAAGCUGGACAACUGCCAGAGGAAGAUACAGCAGAUCGAGCGCGAGCUCAACCGAAGACGCGAUAGUAAUACAGUAAUAAGUUUUCGCGUCGAUGUUUUUUGCAACAAUAUAAGAGAGAGAAAAGGGCCCCGCCGCGGCUGGUGCCGAGGGGCUCCCCCAAAACAGGUCCAUGAUUAUCCGGGCAAGGAGCCGGUGACCAGGAGCUCGGAGGUGCAGCGGCCGACGCUGCAGGACCAAGACCACCGUGCGUACGAUUUAUUCGUGGACAGCGGUAGCGAGAGCAAUUUCUGCGUGGAGAGGCCCAAGAGGCUGCUGCUCAAGCCCCACGUCGGCAGUCCCGAGACUACGUACGACCAGCGACGGCCCGAAGAGAACGUCUGCGUCAAUUGUAACAACGGCGAUUGCGACAACGCUAACAAAAACGACAACGACGAUAACAAUGACGAUAACAACAGCGAUGGCAAAAGCGUCGAUCGAGCGCACGGCUAGAAACGAUUAACAAAAAAAAAAUGCAAAAUCGAUACGGACCAUAAAUCAAGAGGGUGAUAAUAAAAUUGCGGCACUUUUGCAACACACACUUUUCGUCAAUAAAUAAAUGUACACUUUGAAAUAAUCUUUUUUUCUUUUUUUUUUUAAUUAAAUAAAGGCCUUUUUAAUUGGUGAUUUAUUAACAAAAUUUAUAUGAAAUAACAAGAGAGAUUCGUUUACAAGUAGGAAAAACUUCUUUAAAUGUAUGCGACUUUUUUUUCUUAGGCUACAGUGAAUAAUGUUUUUCGUUUUACACGAUAACUAAAUAGGUCAAUGCCUGACGACAUUUGAAAAAAUUUCAAUUACAUUUUAUGUUUUGUGCGUGUACUCGGGGUAAUGGUAAAAAAUACCUAAACAUAACGAAUAGAGCGUCGUUUCAUGCUUAAAAAAUUCAUAUCGUGAAAUUUUAUAAUUACAAAAAACGUUAAGAAAUUCAGAUUAGAAAAGUCAGUCCGCCUAUAUAGCUGAGUCGCAUAAAAUUCAUGUAUCAGAUAAUU